AGGGCGGGGGCCGAGAGGGAGGCUAGGCGGUCCCGGCAAGCGGCGCCGCGGGGUUGGCUGCUGUCCUGAGGCCGGACUCAACGGGUCCCGGCUGAGCCACUGGGUGAGCUCCUCCCGGGCCAGCCACGAGCUUGCGAGGGAGCGAUGCGGCGCCGCGCGAUUUGCUUGUAAAUGUAUCACGAAGAGGCAGCCCAGAAUGAAGAAAGCAAGCAGGAGUGUUGGCUCGGUGCCUAAAGUGUCUGGGAUAAGUAAAACGCAAACAGCGGAAAAAAUUAAACCUGAAAACAGCUCUUCAGCAUCUACAGGAGGCAAACCUGUAAAACCUGGAGCAGCAGCAUCAUUGUCAAAGACCAAGAGCAGUGAUGAUCUUUUAGCUGGAAUGGCCGGAGGGGUAACGGUGACUAAUGGUGUUAAAGGAAAGAAAAGCACCUGCCCAUCUGCAGCACCUUCAGCAUCUGCCCCUGCCAUGACCACCGUGGAGAACAAAUCCAAGAUUAGCACAGGCACAGCUUCUUCAACCAAGCGGAGCACUUCUACAGGUAAUAAAGAAUCCAGUUCUACUAGAGAAAGAUUACGUGAACGUACCCGAUUAAACCAGAGCAAAAAACUACCUUCUGCAGGUCAGGGAGCUAAUGACGUGGCAUUGGCUAAACGUUCCCGUAGUCGAACUGCUACAGAAUGUGAUGUUCGUAUGAGCAAGUCUAAGUCGGACAAUCAGAUCAGUGACAAAGCUGCUUUGGAGGCCAAAGUGAAGGAUCUUCUCACACUGGCAAAAACCAAAGACGUAGAAAUUUUACACUUGAGAAAUGAACUGCGAGACAUGCGUGCCCAGCUGGGCAUUAGUGAGGAGCAUUCUGAGGGUGAUGAAAAAUCUGAGAAGGAAACCAUUAUUGCUCACCAGCCGACUGAUGUGGAGUCCACUUUAUUGCAGUUGCAGGAACAGAAUACUGCCAUCCGUGAAGAACUCAACCAGCUGAAAAAUGAAAACAGAAUGUUAAAGGAUAGGUUGAAUGCACUGGGCUUUUCCCUAGAGCAGAGGUUAGACAAUUCUGAAAAACUGUUUGGCUAUCAGUCCCUGAGUCCAGAAAUCACCCCUGGUAACCAGAGCGAUGGAGGAGGAACUGUGACUUCUUCAGUGGAAGGCUCUGCCCCUGGCUCAGUGGAGGAUCUCUUGAGUCAGGAUGAAAAUACACUAAUGGACCAUCAGCACAGUAACUCCAUGGACAAUCUAGACAGCGAGUGCAGUGAGGUCUACCAGCCCCUCACAUCGAGCGAUGAUGCGCUGGAUGCACCGUCCUCUUCAGAGUCGGAAGGCAUCCCCAGCAUAGAGCGCUCCCGGAAGGGGAGCAGCGGGAACGCCAGUGAAGUGUCUGUGGCUUGCCUGACUGAACGGAUACAUCAGAUGGAAGAGAACCAACACAGUACAAGUGAGGAACUCCAGGCAACCCUGCAAGAGCUAGCUGAUUUGCAGCAAAUUACCCAAGAACUGAAUAGUGAAAAUGAAAGGCUUGGAGAAGAGAAGGUUAUUCUGAUGGAGUCUUUAUGUCAGCAGAGCGAUAAGUUGGAACACUUUAGUCGGCAGAUUGAAUACUUCCGCUCUCUUCUAGAUGAGCAUCACAUAUCUUACGUCAUAGAUGAAGAUGUAAAAAGUGGGCGCUAUAUGGAAUUAGAGCAACGUUACAUGGACCUCGCCGAGAAUGCCCGUUUUGAGCGGGAGCAGCUUCUUGGUGUCCAGCAGCAUUUAAGCAAUACUUUGAAAAUGGCAGAACAAGACAACAAGGAAGCUCAAGAAAUGAUAGGGGCACUCAAAGAACGCAGUCACCAUAUGGAGCGAAUUAUUGAGUCUGAGCAGAAAGGGAAAGCAGCCUUGGCAGCCACGUUAGAGGAGUACAAAGCCACAGUGGCCAGUGACCAGAUAGAGAUGAAUCGCCUGAAGGCCCAGCUGGAGAAUGAAAAGCAGAAAGUGGCAGAGCUGUAUUCUAUCCAUAACUCUGGAGACAAAUCUGAUAUUCAGGACCUCCUGGAGAGUGUCAGGCUGGACAAAGAAAAAGCAGAGACUUUGGCUAGUAGCUUGCAGGAAGAUCUGGCUCAUACCCGAAAUGAUGCCAAUCGAUUACAGGAUGCCCUUGCUAAGGUAGAGGAUGAAUACCGAGCCUUCCAAGAAGACGCUAAGAAACAAAUUGAAGAUUUGAAUAUGACAUUAGAAAAAUUAAGAUCAGAGCUGGAUGAAAAAGAAACAGAAAGAAGUGACAUGAAAGAAACCAUCUUUGAACUUGAAGAUGAAGUAGAACAACAUCGUGCUGUGAAACUCCAUGACAACCUCAUUAUUUCUGAUUUAGAGAAUACAGUUAAAAAACUCCAGGACCAGAAGCACGACAUGGAAAGAGAAAUAAAGACUCUCCACAGAAGACUUCGGGAAGAAUCUGCAGAAUGGCGGCAGUUUCAGGCUGAUCUCCAGACUGCAGUAGUCAUUGCAAAUGACAUUAAAUCUGAAGCUCAAGAGGAGAUUGGUGAUCUAAAGCGCCGGUUACAUGAGGCUCAAGAAAAAAAUGAGAAACUCACAAAAGAAUUGGAGGAAAUAAAGUCACGCAAGCAAGAGGAGGAACGAGGCCGGGUAUACAAUUACAUGAAUGCUGUUGAGAGAGAUUUGGCAGCCUUACGGCAGGGAAUGGGACUGAGUAGAAGGUCCUCCACUUCCUCAGAGCCAACUCCUACAGUAAAAACCCUCAUCAAGUCCUUUGACAGUGCAUCUCAAGUACCAAACCCUGCUGCAGCUGCAAUUCCUCGAACACCCUUGAGUCCAAGUCCUAUGAAAACCCCUCCUGCAGCAGCUGUAUCCCCUAUGCAGAGACAUUCCAUAAGUGGACCAAUCUCAACGUCCAAACCCCUGACAGCCCUUUCAGAUAAGAGGCCAAACUAUGGGGAAAUCCCUGUUCAAGAGCAUCUGUUAAGAACAUCUUCAACCAGCCGGCCUGCUUCCCUCCCGAGAGUGCCUGCAAUGGAAAGUGCCAAGACCCUCUCAGUCUCUCGACGAAGUAGUGAAGAAAUGAAACGGGACAUUUCUGCACAGGAGGGAGCAUCGCCAGCCUCUCUGAUGGCUAUGGGAACCACGUCUCCACAGCUUUCCCUAUCCUCUUCUCCAACAGCGUCUGUGACUCCCACCACCCGAAGCCGAAUAAGAGAAGAAAGGAAAGACCCCCUCUCAGCAUUGGCCAGAGAAUAUGGAGGAUCAAAGAGGAAUGCCUUGCUGAAGUGGUGUCAGAAGAAAACAGAAGGCUAUCAGAAUAUUGACAUCACAAACUUCAGCAGCAGCUGGAACGAUGGGCUGGCCUUCUGUGCCCUCCUGCAUACCUAUCUGCCCGCCCACAUUCCAUAUCAAGAACUGAACAGCCAGGAUAAGAGAAGGAACUUCAUGCUGGCUUUCCAGGCAGCUGAAAGUGUUGGCAUCAAAUCCACACUGGACAUUAAUGAAAUGGUGCGGACUGAACGGCCCGAUUGGCAGAACGUGAUGCUGUAUGUGACGGCAAUCUACAAGUACUUUGAAACCUGAGCAUGCCAGGAGGAGCUGCCCCAACAGCGGGGGGACCCUCCACAGUGACCGAGCGACACCAACGCCAUUAGCUACACACCCCUGUAAAGCUUCCAGCAACUCUGGGUUGCCCCGCAGCGUAUGAGCUUCCAGCUCGGGGCUUCCGUAUUGGCAGAACUCAGCUGUGUGGCCCACAGCUCCCGCUGGGGUCCCUCCCACGUGACCCAUCCAUUCAGGUCAUGUGGGCUCAGCACACAUCCCACAGGCCAGUGGCUGCCGAAGUUUUCCUUCUGAAGAGAAUAUUGAACUACACUAGUGCUCCAGGGCACCAAACAAAGAGGGCUGAUGCACAGCUCAACUUGGGAAAGGGGAUUCAGUUCUGUGGGAAACUCACUGGGGUGGAUGAAGGCUCGGUCGUGGCACUUCCUGACUGUUGGCCAGGGUGGGUUCCAUGCUGGUGAGAACCCAGAAGGAAAGUCAGCCAGCACCUGGUGUUUCCCAGCGCCCUGGACCUUUCACCAUCCUAGUUUGUAGGAGCUUGUCACCACAGAUGUGGGUCAGCUGCCCCACAUCUGACAGGGGUGUCCUGGCCGACACAAUCCAGGCGUUUUCAGCAUGAGCUAGGAGAGCAUCUAGAGGGUGCGGUGCAGGCACUCCAGGGCUGGGGGUGCUCCUGCUGCACUCCCGCAGCUGGGCUUUCUGACAGGAGGCAGUUGCAGGGUCCCCUUGCCUGGGCUCUGCCACCUGUCUUCCAUCCUGGACAGGGUUUGGAGUCCCAGCUCUGGCUUUAGAUUUCUUCAUCAUAAGGAGUUUUUCCAGUUAAGGUUUUUGUUUUGUUAUGAGCAAUAUUGGAAAAAGUUGCUUCUGUUCUCUUAGUACCAAAGUUACAUAUAUAAGCAUAGAAAUCUAAACACAAGAUCUGUACAUUAGCAUGGUGAGAGCAAGGAAUGAAGCAGGAAAUAGAAAAGUAAACAACUUUAGGGAGCCCAGGCACUGUCAUUACUGUCAUUACAGUCACUGAGUCACUUCAUCCUCCUAGGCCUGAGUUGAAGAAAGUGCCUUAACUCUUCUUGUGAGGGCAGCCGCUGCCCUCCAUGGCCAAGGCGGGACCUCGUUCAGGGCUCGGUGGUCGAGUUGUCUCCCACCACCUUGCUCGCCCUUCCCCAGGUACUGGGUCCGUGCCCCCCACGCCCGCCUUCCCCAGGUACUGGGUCCGUGCCCCCCACGCCCGCCUUCCCCAGGUACUGGGUCCGUGCCCCCCAUGCCCGCCUUCCCCAGGUACUGGGUCCAUGCCCCCCACGCCCGCCCUCCCCAGGUACUGGGUCCGUGCCCCCCACGCCCGCCUUCCCCAGGUACUGGGUCCGUGCCCCCCACGCCCGCCUUCCCCAGGUACUGGGUCUGUGCCCCACAUGCCCGCCUUCCCCAGGUACUGGGUCCAUGCUGUUUGAACCAAAGCCUUAUUUAAAGGUGGUCACUGGAGAUGCUUUCAGGCUGGGACUCAACAGCUCUUUCUGGGAAUAGGGAUCUCCUGUGUGGUUUGAACGAUCUCCAGACAAGACCUGUAGCUUCGGGAGUACAACCGUGUUUGUCAUCUGCAGAGCACCACAAGGAAGACCAGCCACCAGUGGAAGCGGGGUCACUGCCCCACAGACUGGAUGCAAUACGGGGCUUCCAGGAGGCCCAGCCAGCCCAAUUGUGGGCUGAGGGGUGUGCAUUCAAGCAUGGUGUUCUAGACUAGAAGUUUAACAUGUCUGCGUAGCCUAGAAGAGUGUGUGGUUAUGAAGAAAGGGGCAGUGUGUGUGUGCAGCUGCCAGUACACCGACAUCAGAUGGCCAGGAGCUGCCCAUCAGCCCUGUCCGCGUCAGCCCGGGGGCUCAAGCUGCUGCCGCUGGCUGAACACCCUUUGGUGAAAUGCCUGUUUUCAGCUAAGAAAGGAGAAGCCAGGCAAGCAAAGUCACACCACAGAGUAUACCAGAGACCCCCCGCAGACAGCUGGGUCAGUCCCCUGUCUGAGUUGUCCUCUUGUUGCUGACGCUCUGUUGAUGGCCAGCUCCGCUGUCAGCGUCAGUGACUGAUGUUCAUAUGAGAAUUGUUUUUAAUUGUUUCUCCACUUAGGUGUCCUCAGCUCCCUCUUGUGCUCUCAUUUGCCUUUACAGAGCCGGUCCACCUGUGCAGAUCCAGGUGUCUGGUCAUGGUUUUGUUUAUUUAUUGUGUCCUUGGGGGCUGUUUUGCCCUAAGAAUGAGGGGAUUUCCCCAGGUCUGCAGUUACCAACUUGAUCCCUUGCUGGCCAUGUGAGCACAGCCCUGGUGCCUCAUGGGAUGGGGGGGUGGGGGUUCCCGGGAUCUUCUGGAGGAAGGUGGCCAUGGAUGGAUGGGCUAUAUCUGUGUUUUCCCUCUGGGUGUCUCCUGGGUCCAGCGUCAGGCCUUGGGGUCAGCAACAGGGAAAAAGAGGAUGGGCACAGGGAGGGCCUGGCCCUGCCUGUCUGGAGACUCUGCUCGGGCCCCUCCCUGGGGAAGGUUUGCAUGCAGAUCUGCAGGUAAGGGUGCCUUUUGCCUUGUCUAAUAGGAUCCUUAGAACACUGGGCUUCAACAGUGACUAUAGAUGGUCACACAUGUUUAAAGUGACAUUUGGAGAUGCUCUCAGUCCUACAGCACCUUUGCCUCUUCUCCUUCAAGCACAAGCUUUACUGCAAAAGGGCCAGUCGCAUUUCUAUUUCUCUUAAUCCCAGGCUUCUGCUGACGAUAAUUUUAAAUGUUCUAGUAAGUAUUCUUGAAUGUAUUAAAAUGGCUGAAACAACCAGCUUGGGCUUUUCUAGCUUGCCCUCCCCUCCCUGCCAUCCCUCUGACAUUGAAUAAACCAGAAUCUAGCUGCCUCCUGGAGCUGGCUGUAUAGAAAAGGGCACCCCUGAGCCAGCCUGUGGCCCCACCCCAAGGCGCACUUCCUCCCAUGGGAAGAUCCUGACCGGGAGUCCAGGGUGGCCUCCCCUGGGCCACAGUAUAUCACCAUGUGGCUUGGGGCUGUGGGGUGGUGAGCCUUGUAACCCCUGGGGUUCUGUGACAGAUGCCAAGACCCCAGAGACCCUGGCAGAGCUGCCCCCAGGAGAGUGGAAGCCCCUGCAAAGCCCAGACACUGCCUUCCCCAGGGACAAGGGAGUAUGCCUGGAGGGGUUUUGUUUUUAGGCAUGUAUCAUCUUGGAAAUAAUUGUCAGGAUGUAUAAAAUAGAGAAGAAAACAAUCAUGCUA